AUGAAUUUCAACAGUUUGAUGAAAUGCCUUCGCUCUAGCGAGGAGCAGAAGAUUAUUCGCGAAGAAAAAUGUACAGGGAUCAUGGAAGUGCCCAGGGUAUUCACAUUCAGAGAUCUGGCAGUUGUAACGCAGAACUUCAGCCAACAAUCAUUGAUUGGGGAAGGAGGAACUGCAAAAGUAUACAAAGGGUAUCUAGAGACUGGUCAGCUAGCACAGCGGGGGACAAAAGAAUUUGAUGCCGAAGCUAAUUUACUCACUACAUUACGACAUCCGAACAUAGUAACUUUGAUCGGGCAUUGUGUUGAGGGGGAGGAGAUGCUUCUUGUAUACGAGUUCAUGGAGCUAGGAUCGUUGGUGGAUCACCUACAUGAUUUUCGACCGAGUACGACCGUAUUAAGUUGGAGGACGAGGGUAGAAGUAGCCGUUGGCAUUGCUAAAGGGCUGGCGUAUUUGCACGAUUCCAUCAAUCACCAUCAAGUGAUUCAUAGGGAUUUAAAGUCCUCUAACAUCCUACUGGAUGCAAACUUUAUCCCAAAAAUUUCAGAUUUUGGGAUAUCAAAACUUGGUCCAGUAGGAGAGGAUACUCAUGUCUCUACCGAAGUCAAGGGCACUUGCGGAUUCUUGGAUCCCGAGUAUGUACUCUCGGGACAAUUGACUGUGAAGGCUGAUAUAUACAGUUUUGGCAUAAUUCUUUGGGAGCUGAUUGCUGGAAGAAAAGCAAUUGAACCCGAUCAAUCAUCGGGAAAGCAAAAUAUAUUACAGUGGGCACAACCAUAUUAUAAUAAUAAUUCGGAGGAGCAUAGAAAACUUGUAGAUCCAACUCAUCCAAGGCUUAAAGGAAAAUAUUCAAAAAAGAAUAUGGAAAAAGCCAUUUCGUUGGCAGCAAUGUGUACCGACAGGAACGCUCCCUCUCGACCUCCGAUGAAUGAAGUUGUUGACGGUCUCACUGAAAUCCUCGUGGAGGCGAUGACAUGGGGAAACCGCAGAUGUUUUUGA